AUGCAGGUCAAGUCCGUCCUUCUGGGCGCCGCCCUGGCCCUGGCUACGACGACGAUGGCCGAGACCGACAAACCGAGGAUCUACUUCCCCCGUCAUGUCAAGAGACAGUUCACCAACUCGACCUUCUCGCAACCCGGGACCUUUCCUCCUGCGCCAGAAACCCCGCCCUUGACCUCGCGAACCGAUACGCCGACCUUCAUCACGAGCCUCAGACAGUCUCUCACAAACGACUUGAUCGACCCGGCCGAAUCCUCUCCUUCCUCGUCCGAGUCCCUGUCUGAGCCCAGCGGCACCAGUCAGCGUACCACCGUCGUCAUUUCGAGCACCAUCAGGGUCCCGCCCACCACCGUCCCCGAGGUGCUUGACUCGAUUCAGGUGUCCUCUGAGGAGCUAUCUGCCAGUGAGUCGAUUGCUCCGCAGCCUUCGCCCUCGUCGUCCGAUCUCGAGACUUCGACUUCUCAGACGACCACCGAGCCCGAUGGAACCACGGCGGCUGGCACAACCACCACCGAGGCCGUGACGACUACUACCGCCGUUGAGACGACAACUGCCGUCACGGAGACGACAACUGCUGCCACCGAGACGACAACUGCCGCCACCGAGACGACAACUGCCGCCACCGAGACGACAACUGCCGCCACCGAGACGACAACUGCCGCCACCGAGACGACAACUGCCGCCACCGAGUCGACAACUGCUGCCACCGAGACGACAACUGCUGCCACCGAGACAACAACUGCUGCCACCGAGACAACAACUGCCGCCACCGAGACGACAACCCAAGAGACUUCAACCGAGGCACCCACCACUACUGCCAUCACCACUGCGUCGUCUGAACCCGUAACCACGACCGAAGCCUCAACGACAGCAGUGACGUCGUCCGAGCAGAGCAGCGUCGUAGAGUCUGUUUCCUACGGAUGGGAGUCCGGCACCGGUCUCCUACCGACCAUCAUUGUGCUCCCCACGAGCAGCAGCACUACGGCCGAGGCCGAGCCCACGUCCUCUACCGCGACGACCGAAGCCCAGACUUCUGCUCAGCCCACGGUAUCUGAAAUUGUCACCACGUCUUCGGGAAUUGUGAUCGCGCCUACGGGCCUCGUCACUACCAGCUCAAGCGAACCCGCGACCUCCGCCGAAGAGCACGUGAUCCCCACUGUAACGGACGCUGUUGCAAGUCCAACCGACUCGACCGCUCAAACAACCCCCGCUACCACGACCCCCUCGGAGUCUCAAUCCAACCCCAUCCAGUCUGUCAUCUCCGCCGUGACGAGCAUCCUUUCUGUGCCAACGAAUGCGACUGAGUCUGAGAUCGAGCCCACUGCGACUACUAACCUGUCUGGUUCCAAUGUCGCUGAGGAGACCAGCGUCGCAGUGUCUGCCACGACUACGGCUGGUGUUCCCAUCACCACGGAUGUCAGUGAGCCUCCUGUCAGUGCCAACACGACCAUCCAGGACCAGUCAACGCAGCCCCCUGUAUCGUUGACGUCGCUGCCGCCUGGCGAGUCGUCCAUUGUCUCCUCUACCUCGAUUUUCCCUGGCGAGUCGGUGAUUUCAUCGGUGUCACCCAGCGCUUCUGGUGAAGCUUCGGUGGCUCCCAACUCGACAGAGAGCGUUCCGACUGCUAGCGCCUCCAACCCCAUCACCGAGCCAAGCAGCUCCGUCAAUGUGACGUCCAUUCUCGAGCCUAGCAUUGAGCCCCCUGCCGCGCCUUCCUUUGUGCCGACUGGUUUGCCGAGCUCGAGCGUUGUUUUUGACGAGCCGUCAGCCGUUUCAGCCUCGGGUGAGCCCUCUACGAUCGUUCCCGUGACCAGCCUGGCACCCACCAAAACGAUCACCGGUACCGAGAUUUGGCUGCCGUCCACUAUCAUUGUGGAAAAUUCGACACCGACUCGCGCACCGACGGAUGCUGUCGCACCCACAAGCGGCGUUGCUCUGCCCUCGGACUUGCCCAAGGUCAUCGGCCCUGGCGAUACGGAGAAUGUUGCUCAACCUGAAGGGACUGUUCUCCUUCAGGUCGGCUUCCUUUACGCCGAGAACUACGAGUUUGUUAGCAAGAACCCGAUGGCUGCUGCUCAGUUGUUCACGCUGUUGCCCACCGCCCUCACGGAUGGCGCCAAGAUCGACGCCGGUAAAGUCGUCGUCACGAGUCUGGUGCCCUAUGACACGAUGUCGUCGCUUGGCUACAUCACGACUCUCGCCCGGUUCUGGUACCCCGAGUCCAUGGUCGACCAGCUGCGCAUGGACAUCAAGAUUCCAAACUCGCUUCUCCACAACAACCCUCAGCAGCUCAUCUACAAUCUCACCCAGAACAUCAACCCUGCCAUUGACAUCAUUCCUGGUUCCGAAAACAUCCCCGGCGGCAAAGGAGGUGCGCCGACUUCUGGCUCCCCCAACGGAAACAACGACAUGUUCGACAACAACGAGUCGGACUCGACACCCAUUCAGACCGGAACUGCCGCAGCCAUCGGUAUUGGUGCCGUAACAGUUGGCGUAGCUUACGGCGCGGCCAUGUUCCUGAUCGCUCGUCGUUACAAGCGCAAGAAGCAGGCGCACCGCCGUGCCAGCUCCAUCUCCGGCACUUCCUCCGAUAUGCGCUACACUGGUACUGGCAGCCCCGCGAUGAUGGGUGGUGCGCUGAUGAGCCGCGACUUCUCCAACUAUGGCGGUGUCGCUGGCGGUCGUGACAGCCACGGCAGCGGGCGGACCGGCAACUCGGGACGGACGGCCAAGAUUUCGGCACCUGUCGCUGCUGAGAACUCUCUUGGCUGGAAUUGA